UUCAAAUAACAAAACUUGUCUUGGCAUGUUCCUCAAUGACAACAAACGGUGCUGUGGCCGAUUAAAGGAAUCUGGCGAGAUGUUUUGAUGUUUGCCACUUGAACCUUAUUUCGUUGUGAAAACCGAAAGUUUCAAACAUGGCAGACAAGACUUCAGCACAGGCACAGCAGAAAUUCACCAAUUUACGUAAGAGGUUGGACCAGCUUGGGUACCGUCAGACGCUAGGAUUGGAAUCUUUGCCCUUGGUGGAAAAAUUGUUUGCUGACCUGGUCCACACUACUGACAGUCUGAAAAAUGCCAAACUAGAGUUAGGAAAGCAGACGACAGAAUCAAAUGAUGUAGAAAGUGCAAUAGAACCUUAUAAAAGUGACAAUGCUAAACUUGUGAAAGAAAAUAAUGACCUUCAUCAACAGCUUAUCAAACAGAAAGAUGAAUCAGAUGCUAUAGUUAAGGAACUAAAAGCCUCACUUAGAAAACUAGAACAUGAGAAUGCUGAUUUGAAGUUCCUGAACAAUCAAUAUGUACAGAAAGCCAGACAGCUUGAGAAAGAAUCCAGGGAGAAAUCUGAUAGGAUUCUUCAUCUACAGGAGAAAAACUUCCAUGCUGUUGUUCAGACACCAGGAGGCAAGAAAAAGACAAUCCCCUUCAGAAGACAGAGGAUGGAAAUUGACACAAUAGUCCCAGAAUCUGAUGGUCCAAGUAGACUAGUGAUCCCCAAUCCUGAGGACCCUUACAUUGCUGAUCUGCUACAAGUGGCUGAUAAUAGAAUAGCAGAACUGGACCGUGAAAUCAGGAGGCUGAAUGAUGAAAAAGAUAUUACAGAAAGAAAAGUAAAGAAUUUCAGAGAACAGGUUGAUAGACGUGAUGAAGAAAUAGAACGACUGAACAGAAUGUUGGACGGAGGAAGACCUUCAGAUGUUGUGGCCCUGGAGGCCCGGAACAGGGCUAACGAGAGGAUGAUCUCUCAUCUUAAUAUACAGAUUGACUUUUUACAACAAAAGAAUAGAGAAAUGGACAGAAAAAUGAAUGAAGCUUUAGCAACGAGAGAUGAGUAUGAAAGCAUGUCAUCCAAAAUGAAUUUAAAGACAAGACAAUUAGAAGCGAAGAAUAAAGAAUUGGAAUAUGACCUCAAUGAUGUGGACCGCAUGGCCAAACGUCUACAAUCAGACAAAGAAAUUGUUGUUAAAGAGGCAGAUAGAGAAAUGAACGAGGCUAAGGAUGAAUUGGAAAAAUCUCGCCAUGAGCUUGAAGACUUGGACCAAGUAGUAGCUGAGUUGAAAGCUGGUAACCAGUCCUUAUCCAUACAGCAAGCCGAACUUAAACAGCAGUUAUCUGUAAAGAAUGGCGACCUGAUGCGUCUUGAGGAACUGCUAGACAGAGUGACAGAAGACAAGAAGAGGAUUAGUCAUAGAGUGAACAAACUUAUGGCUAAUGAAAAGGAACUUGUGUUAGAGAUUGAAAGACUAAAGAAAAAGAAUGGCCCAGCACUAACAAAGAAAGGCAAAACUUCAAGCAAACUUGAUGCCUUCAUUCGUAGUAUUGAAGAAGAGAGAAACUAUUACAGAGAUCAAGCCGAUGCUCUUCAAAAAAUGUUACGAGGGGAGAUUCCAACGAGAAGUCGAAGUCCUGUAAGGUCAAGGUCAUCUUCUAGAGCAGGAAGUCCGAUACGGGAGGCUGCAGGAACACCUACCUCAAAAUCUGAUAAAAAGACUGUAGCCCAAUAUGAGACUGUAAUACGGGUCAUGGAAGAAGAGAAAGAAUAUUACAAGAAAGAAUAUGAAAUUCUGAAAGCCACAAAGAAAACAAUUUCAUCAGCCAGAGCUACACCAACUAAGGGACUUGACGAUCCAGAAGUUUCCAAAUUGAUCAGAGAAAGAGAUGAAAUGAAAGCCUUACUAGAUAAAUUUGAAAGACAUAUGGCUGAGAUUCAAGCUAAUGUUAAAGUUUUGACAGCAGAGAGAGACAAGCUCAGCACAAUGUAUGAUGAGACCAAAGAUGAGCUUCAGAGAAUAAGGAGAGAACUUGUUCGAUCACCAAAAUCUCCUAAAACAUCAUUGGCAGCUCAGGCAAUUUUAAGGCGAGUGGAGAAUGAAAGAGAUGAUGGAAUAGCAGACCUCAGGAGGAUGACAACGGAGAGGGAUAGUCUACGAGAGAGGUUGAAGAUUGCAACAGAAUCUUCCCUAUCAGACAGGGCCAAGCUUGAACAGAAAAUUGAGGACCUGGAAAAUGCUCUACAUAAUUCUGAAACAGAGAAGAGUGAGUACGUUGUCAGAGUAACAACUCUAAGAGAAGACGUCAGACACUAUGAGGACCAAGUGAAAGACCAAGCUCUUCGUCUGGGCCACACUCAGGAUGAGGCCUCUCAGCACAGAUCUACAGCUACACAAAUGAAAAUGCUUGCUGAAGAGACUGAGAAAUCAUUAGAAGAUGCACAAAAACGUCUUGGAAGAAGAGAACAUACUGUUCAAACACAAGAAGAAAAGAUCUUGCAGUUAGAAGACAGGAUUGCUGAAAUGAAUAGAGCUCUUCUGAAUACCAAAGAUGAGGCUGGUCAACAAAGGCUUACUAUCAGUUCUCUAGAUAGAGAGAAGGAUGGUCUUCAACUGGCCAUUGAUGAAAAGACAGAAAAAAUUGCUAGAUUGAAUGAGGAUAUUUUAGUAAAGGAAAAACUUAUGAGUGAUUUGAAGAUCCGAGUAAAUGAACUGGAGGCUCAGCUAGAGCAUGCCGGUGAUAACCUAGGUUUGAAGGAUAGAGAGAUUAAGAGUUUACACAGACAGUGUGAUAGCACUACUGAAGAUCUGAGUGAGACGAGUCGUAGUAAAGAUAUUGCUCUGAGAGAGAAUAGACGUCUCCAGGAUGAUUUAGCUGUAAUGACCAGAGAAAAUCAGAAAUUAAAUCAAGAGUUACAAGAUGCUUUAGAUGACCGGGAACAGCUCAAAUCCCAAGUCCAGGAUUAUAUGACUGAAGUGAAGAGGACUGAAGAUUUACUGUCUAGAAAGGAAUCAGAACGAUCUGACCUGCUAGAGCAGUAUAGAGCCUUAUCAAUGGAAGCAGAACAGUACCAAACCUCAUCACAUCAGUUGGAGAGUGAAGGAUCCAAUCUGAGGCUGGAACUGAUGACCAAAGACUCUGAGAUCAGAAGAAACAGAGACAAAAUUGACAACUUAGAAAGAGAAAUUCAAGAGCAUUUGAAUGGUCAGCAGGCCUAUGAGCUCCAAGUAUCCAACCUUACAAGAUCUGUUGGCAAUUUAGAGGAGAACCUCCGAAUAGUAGAGGAAGAAAAGCAGAACUUACUUGUAGAUCUGACAGCGGUGAGGGAACUUUGUGCCAAGUUGGAGGGUAGCAAGGAGUCCUUACAGAGACAGUUGACGUCUGCUUCAUUAGAUAGAGAACAGUUACAAAACUUAGUAGAUGAUAUGAGACAAGAAACAGACUUAUUAAAGAGUCAGGUGUCUGCCGAGAGGACCAACUUAAAGAGCUUAGAAGGCCUUCUACAGAAUAACCGAGAGAAAGAGUUCCAGACGCAGUUAAAUCAACAGGAGAAGAGUGCCGAGAUACAAAUGCUGAAGGAUAGAUUGUCUCUAAACGAAAGUAAAAUACAAAGUCAGGGUAGAGAGAUAGCUUCACUGAGGACAAGAAAUGUUGAACUGGAGGGAGAUGUUGAAAGAUUGAGAAGAAAUCUGACAAGUGAAAAGUUUGAAAGAGAAAGAGCAUGCCAGGAAUUAAAACGCCAUGGAUUUAAUCCACCUAUACCUACAAUGGACUUUUCUACCAACGCUGGAGGCUCAUCCUACAGUUAUCAUCGCACAUUGAAAACAACGACCACCAGCAGAACUAGGUCAAGGUCAAGAUCUAGGUCACCAAGUCCUGCAAGAUAUCGUAGUCCCAAUACUUCCUACCUGGGUUAUUCUGCACAUCGUAGUCGAUCACCUGAGCGAAGCAGCUACCUUGAUGACAUUGACACGUCCUUGAAGAGUUUAGGAAAUGAUGUGCUUUGAUCCAAAUUUUAUAACUAAUUAUUUAGGUUUUAAACAAUUUACAUAGCAACAAAUGUGAUAUUGACUUAUAGAUCUGGUUGCCAUGGGAUACGUAGAAAAAUUGAUGCUAGGGGUUUCCAUGGCUACAAUAUUAUAUAUCCACUGCCAAUAAGCAUUUAUCACCAGACAGUACUGUGAUACAUGAAAGUUGCAGUUUCCAUGGAAACCAAAUUUUCUCAGAAUUUUAAAAUUGCAAGUAUAAUGUUUGCGAUGAUCAGAAAACAGAUUUGUGAUAUCAGUGAUUUUAACUAUUUGUCUUCAAAAUAAGAAAAACGUUAUGAUUUUUCAGAUCACAAGUUUCAAAUAUUCAAGGCCUCCCACUGUUAAUGGUAAACACCAAUGGUAGUUAGAUACUUGCAUAAAAUUUCGUUAUAAAACAGAAAAUUUCGGCCCAUGAAAAUUUCUUUUCUGUAUUUGGUUAAAACCAAAAUUCCAGCAAAUAUUUAUUUAUGUUAAUUAUCAUUACAUGAAAAAAGUAUUUUACCAAUAUUUUUGACCGACUUAUCAUUAAGUAAAUCAAUUUUUCUGCUAUAAUUUUCUCCAAUCAGUUUUAAAAAGUUAAAGUGAAAAGGGGGUUAAAAUGUCUCAAUCUUUAAUAAUAAAUGUCAACUUGUGGGAAGGGUGUUAUUGUUUAUCUUUAAUCAAUCUGUGAUAUUUUUCUGUACAGUGCUGUGUUUUAUUAUUUAUUUGUAGAUAUGCAAAUUAUUAAUGAUAAUUUUUGGUUACAGUGAUAUUAAUUUUAUAUGCGGUAGAAUCUGUCAAAUUUAAAAAUAUGUUUGGGGUUUAAAAUUUCUGUUCUGUAAACUUUAUUUUAUCUUAAUUAUUUUUGAAUUUAAUUGUUUUGUAUUUUGAUUUGUGAAAUAUUGUCAGAUCAACCAAUCCUAUGUUUUCUCCUGGUAAGUCGAGCUUGCCAUGCAGAAUGUUCACUUGUCCAUCAAGAUACCAUGACCUUGAAAUGUCUAUUUUGGCUGAUUGCUGUCUUAUUGGUUUUAAACAGACAUCUAUUUUCAUACCUUUAGGAAGGGACAUAAAUCUUGUAAUUAAGGGACAUUACUCAUUUUAGAAGGUAUUUAAAUAUUCACAAUAAUAUGUCAUUAAUAUAAAGUGUAAAAAGACACUCUCUUAGAAUUUCACUGGGCUUUGAAUUUAAGAAUGUAAAAACGAAAAUUUGGAAAAUUGGUGCUAAAAAUUAAAAAAAAAGAAAAAUAUGCAAAGACAAUAAGAAAUUCAGAACAUGAGAAACUGCAGUGUCUUGUUAAAUGAAUUCGAAUAAUGCAAUGAUUUGUAAGUAAUUAAACAAAGAAGUCAUGGAAACUAGUAUUACAUGAGAGUUAAGUUCCAUCCAUUAAUUAAGAAAUCCGUCCAUCUUCAUUUGAGAAGAAUUUGUAUGUUUUUUAUUUAUUUUUCUUGUUUAUGAAUAAUAUUUUUGCAUUAUAUGUGUAUGGUAGAUUAUAGCGAAAGUGUAAGAAGAAUGUAGACAUUUUUAUUUAUUUAAAAAAAAUCUUGAUAAAUGUAGUUUUUGACUCUUCGAAAGUUGUUUUGGAGUAAUGUUAUUAUGUUAUCAGAAAGUCGAUUUGCCACAAACUUGCAAGCAUACAAUGUCAUGUGAUCCUUGUCAUGAUACUGAUUGUCUGGUCACAGCAUCAAAAGUUUUCAUACAAGCAGUUGUGCAUUUUGCAAGCCAUUAACUACAUAGCAUUUACAUUAUUUUUGCAGAUGUCAUAUUUUGAUGAUUUUAAUAUAUUAUAACUGUUAGUUGUUACCAAGUAGAUAUUAGAUUAUUUUGGAAACACUUCAAAAGUGAAAGUACAGAAAACUUGAAAGUGAAAGUGAAAUGGUUAUAGAAUGAAAUUUAAGAAUAAAGAAAUCAUUUACAUUAGACGAUAGAAAAUGUCAGUUUAUUUACAUGUACAAUGCAUCUUAAAAAUUUAUAAAUUUUAGUUGUUGAAAUCUUUAAUUUGACAAGAAGCUAAAAUGACAUUUUUACCAUCUGUUAUAUUUUGAAGUCACGAAACUUUAAAAAAAAAAAAUUUCUCGAAAUAUUUUAUUUAAGGACAGCUUAAUGUUUGAUAAAAGAAAUUAAGUUAUUUCCCCCUUGAAAGAAUGUCAUAAUGUAAAUAAUGGAUGAGAGUUAAAGUUGAAAGCAAGGUGUAAAUUCUGUCCUGGUAAAAAGUUUCCAGUACUGUACUAGCAAGUGGUUUGGAUUUUUCUCACCAACAUUUAGAGUGAAAUUUGCUUGCCACUGUACUUAUGACGGUAAUAUUUGCCAGACUUGUUAAGCAUGUUUUUGUGCUGUAAACAUUUUGGAAGUAGUUACUGCUUUUUCGUACAUCAAAAUUUCUUAAUAAAGUAUAUUUUUAAAGUUA